CUUUCGAUUUAUUUUUCUACUUACGGUUUCGAAUUUCGAGGAAGUAUUAAAAUAAAUAUAAAAAUUUGAUAACGUAUUAGCCAGACAGAUGACAUUCGAAGCUAGCUGUGUACAGAGGACGUUAAAAAUACCUCCCAUACUUUUGGUGUAGACUUCCAUGUUAAUUAUUUAUUCAUUAUCAAUAGGCCUAAGAAUUAUUUUUUAAAGGGUAGCCAACAGAUCAGUUAAUUAUAUUCAUCUAUCUCCUUGUGAAUGUCUUUUAUAAGGAAAAAAGUAAUGCCUCUCUUUACUAACUCGAAAGAGACUCCGGCAGAUUCCAACACCAAUUUACAUCAUAACAUUGGAGCAAUACAAAAAUAUGAUCACGGAACAGGAAAAGGACGGGACUAUAGAAAAAUUGGAGAAGAUGAAUCAAAAAAGUUUGGAAAUAAUCCGAGGUAUAGAGUUGCUCAUUCUACACAGAAUUCUGCACAUGGAUAUAAUCGUUCGGACAAAGAUAGAACUGAUUCCAAACAUGGGAGUCAUCUUGAAAGAGAGGAUCGGAAACUGUGGAACACAUAUGGUAAGAAAGAUGAACACAAACAAUUAAAUCAAACAGGUGGACUGAAAAAUGAAAACAAUGCACAAGGUUUAUCUGAUACAGAGUCAGUAGAAAGUCUUAUACAAUAUUUACAGGAAUCAAGAAUAGAUUCAGCUCUCUCGGAAAUUGGUCAAGUUUUAGAAAAACAGCAGCUGCUGAUUAACAAAUUAAUGAAUGAAAGGGAAAUGAUUGCUAAGAGAAGUGAUGAAAAUAUCUCAAGAGAAAGUCAAACAGAGCGUUCGAAGAACAAUGAUGGCAGACAUAAAGAGAGAAAACUAUCGAUGAAUUACGAUAAAGAAACCCAGACGGAUGAAAGAAAGUCAUGUGAAUUACGUGAUAGAGAAACUCAAACUAUCAGACGGUUGGUCUAUAGUCAACGAACGCAAACAGAUGAUGAAAAUCAAACAAAUGAUGAAAGUGGCUCAAAAGAAAAUAAGUGGGGUGUAUGGACCUACUUAUUUCCACCAACUGGACAAACGAAGAAAGAUGAAGAAAGUCAAACAGAGUAUUUGUGUCAUUUAGAUGAAAUAGUAAGACCGUGUGAUAUUCGAUGGCUUCAAGAGGAGUAUUUACAUGCUCAAGGUGAAAUAGAGCGUUUAAAAGUAGAAUUAUUGAGAAGUGUGAACACAUCAGAAUUAUCUCAACAGCCAGCUCCACCAAUUAUAAGAAAAGUUGGUGUUGAGAUAUAUAAUCCUGGUCAAGCAACAGAUAUUGUUCAAUUGAUGGAAGAAUCUUUAAAAAGAGAUUUACAGUCCAGAUUAUCUGCCCAUAACGUGAAAAUAGAAUUUAACACAACGUCUGGAGGAGGUGGAAAACUGAGUGCACCGGCGAUUGUCCUGUGUCCAAACUUUUCCAGGCUCGGUACAGACGUCAAUUCGGCUUUUUCUGGUUUACAAGAUAGUGGCGAUGGAACAGUCCUGUUGGUGGUUUAUUAUAAAGAAGAACAUAAUCUACCCAAAGUAAAAAGUGAGCAGAUUUUAUCGCAGUUCAAUCGUUUAGGGGCCAUAUUAGAUAUGGGUUUUACUAAAGACAGGGGAUUUUAUCCUACCAAUAUAAAUCAUCAGUCUUUUGAAUGUUUGGUUCAUUUUGUACUGAAGUACGUCAUAUAAACAUCAUACCGGUAUAUAUAUAUAUAUAUAUAUAUAUAAACACCAUUGCCCAGGGUCGUAAAUAGCCAAAUAACAAAUGAUAAUAUAUGUUAAGAAUGUUGGCUUUUAAUUGGCUAAGAAUGUUGGCUAAGAUUUGAAUCUGGGCUCUAUUUUAUGUAAUACUGUAAAUAAAGUGAAUAGAUUAUUAAUGCGAUUGUUUGAAAAAUUCUGUUAACUCAAAAACAAUCAAACAAAUGGUGACUGUUGACUUCAGAAAUAUCGUGCAAUGUAUUGAUAUACAGUAAGUAUAUGUGAUAUACCCCUGGUACAGUCCUAAUAACUAUGUGAUUUACCCUGGUGUAUUGUUACAGACCCAGUAACUAUACGAGUAUAUGUGAUAUACCACGGUAUAUACCCUGGUGUAUUGUUACAGGCCCAGUAACUAUAUGAGUAUAUGUGAUAUACCACAGUAUAUAUCCCUGGUGUAUUGUUACAGGCCCAGUAACUAUGUGAUAUACCCUGGAUAUACUCAGUAUACUGUAAAUAUGGGAUAUACCAGUAUUUUUUAGGGACUGAUAAAUAAUCGUUGAUUUAGCUUUUUGUACAUUGCAACAGAUUCAAUAUGACAAUCGGUGACUUUCAAGUGUUUUAACCAUUGUCAAACUGAUAAAUAAUCCAAUUUUAAUAGUAUUGUAAUUUAUAACGGAUUUAAAAUCCUCCAAACGAUGAUCUGUGUCUUAAACGAUACAUUGAUUGGUCAUAACUUCUCUGAACAUGUAGCCUAAUUUAUUUAGUUCUUCCAGAACAGGAAUGUAACAACUGAUGUUUUAUUUAAAGUUACAAUUUCAUAUUUUCUAAGAAAGUCAAAACAUAAUUAUUUCUUUGUCUUUUGCUCAAUAGGUUGUUAACUCACUAUUAUACGAUCAUAGGUGUCAUUCUCACACUUAAAACUCAUUUACACCAGAAAUAAUAACUCAAUUACCUCCCUUGUUUUCUAUUCUCCACUCAGUAGCUAUCUUCAAACGUUUGAAUUUGAAGAAGAAAAUGAUAUUUUUGCCAAUUUCUCAACUGGCAAUAGUGAAUUAUAGGAUUAAUAGGAUUGUUCUUUAACAAGGUAGGACUGUUUAUGGAUACCAUUUAUUUUAAGGCUUUAUUUUAAUAAAUUUUAAAAAUAUGAAAUUGCAACUUUAAGAGGUAAAUCGGCCUACUGCAUGUCUUCACAUUUAUCUUAAAAUUGAUAGAAAUGGAAGUUGUUGUUGUUAGUUAGUUGUAUUUUACGUCCGCUUCCACCGAGGUGAUAUCGCAGACAAAAGAAAUAGAAGACAAUAAAUGUAUAUUUAUCUAUUGUGACCUUUAUAUCUGUCUAGAAGACAAUAAAUAUAUAUUUUUCUGU